AUGCAGCAGCCAGCAGCUGCUGACAAGAGCAGAGCCAUUCCCUCACCAUGUCCACCUGAGGCCAGCCUUGCUGAUGGCUCCUUCUACACACGCCGCUGCAUCACUGAGGAUCCCAGCUGGUCCCUGGUCACUGUCCCCCACCUCACUGAGCUCUGCCUCCAGCACAUCGCUCACAAUUUCCAAAUGAACCCUAUUUUGAACUGUCUUCUGCCUGAGGACCAAAAGAAGGUGGUGGACAGGCUCUCCACCAGCCUUCCACUCACUGUGACUGCCAACAUAGUAAGCCAUGAGGACUACUGGAAGAGGUGCUGCAUGGAGCGCUGGCAAGUGUGUGACGUCUCCAACUAUGGAGACAGCUGGAAACGGAUGUUCUUUGAACGUCACCUGGAGAACAUUCUGAAGUUUUUCAUCCCUAACACUACAGACCCCAACCAGGUCCUAGAGCUCAUCCCACUCUGCAAAGGUUACGUGCGGAAACUGGAGAUCGAUCAGUUCCUGCCCCCCUUGCGGGUGGAUCAGGAGGAGAGCAGUGACCUCUCUGACACAGAAGAUGAUGCUGAACUUGGCGAGGUCUACAUGCAUCACUACGACCUGAAAGAUCUCAUUCCUGAUCUCCCUCACCUUGAAGAGCUUCAUCUCACUUACGGUGUGAAGAGCUGUGGCAUGAACUUCGAGUGGAGCCUCUUUAACUUCACUGAUCUGGACUGCUCCAACUUGGCUGCUGCAGUGAAGAUGUGCCGUAACUUGAAAGUUUUCAAGCUGACACGAAGCAAAGUGGAUGAUGACAAGAUCAAGCUCCUGGCCCGUAACUUGCAGUAUCACCCUUGCUUGCUGGAGCUGGACUUGUCCCACAAUCUCAUCGGGGACCACGGGGCACAAGCUCUUGGCAAGCUGAUCAGCCACAGCAGACUAGAAACCCUGGAUCUAUGUAACAACCAGAUCUGUCACCUGGGGGCUCAGGCUCUUGCUCAAGGCCUGGCUGAGAGCUCCACCCUGACCUCCCUGAAUCUGCGCCUCAACUUCGUGGAGGACAAAGGCGGGGAGGCAAUUGGCCGUGCCCUGCUGACCAACAGCAGCCUGAGGUCCCUCCAUCUGGGAAGUAAUAACCUGUCAGAGCCCACCGCAGCAGUGUUCUCCCAGGUGCUGGCUCAGAACACCACUCUGAGGAGCAUCAACUUCUCAUGCAACCACCUGAGGCUGGAUGGUGGGAAGAAGCUGCUGGAAGGGCUGGCAAACAACAAGACUUUGACCGAGCUCGAUCUCCGGCAUGCAGAGGUGGAACAGGAGACUGAUUUCCUCAUUCACGAAAUUGUGUGGGCCAAUCGGGAAGCGGUGAGGAGGGGAUCUCUGCAGCACCCCUCUGAAUAA